GCUAUUGGGAUUGCCAAUAAAGCAAAUAAGUAAGUCGCAACAACGUCAACGUGGCUGAUGGCGAGAUAAUUUAUUUGCAUUUCCUACGAUCGUUUGCGCCAGCCGGUUGCCGUUGCAUACAUACAUGGACUGCAAAGAGUGCCGCAGUCUUUAUUACCUGCCAACCUGUAAGGAAAUCAACUUAUAUCCCAUGCAUAUGGCCAUUUCUCAUAAAGAUCGGCACUACGUGCCAGGUGAUUACGGGGUCAUGGUACUGUCAGUGGAAAGUGGAUGUCCAGGCAAGUAAUCGUUACCCGCAAUAUCCGUUGCGGUUACAAUUUCUUCCUAGGUACAGUUGGUCAAUGGUUACCUGGAACCGCUGCAGUUAACCCUCACCCUCUUCGUCGCAAAGUCUGGUUACCAUGCCAUAGCAUCAUAACAUCGUCCCCUGGAUGAUACUUACUUCGCCUCGCGGUGUCAGGUAACAGGUUGAAGAAAAAUGGAAGCCACAGGUCCAGCUAUGCUGGUUCCGGUAACGAUCGCUCAUGUGGGUUUUCCAAACAUGCCACGCUUACCGCUUGUAUAAUGCCCUGAUCGUGAGCUCGGCUCCCGCAAGGUGUUGAACGAGGGAUAUGAAUCCAGAAGCCCUUUUGAAGGCCGGCAGUGGACACGUAGGAAUGUUAAUCCGCGUUCCCUAUUCAUCUUUCGUGUAACGUGAUUCUUUUUGUUUUUUAGCUGCUUUUUGUCCCAGUUGAUUGCAAAUUGUUUUUUAUUUAAAAAUAUAUGUCGUUUUUCUUAAUCAAAAGCGGUUGCUAAUAAUGAAAAGUUAUUUAUGAAAAUAAAACUUGCAAAUGUGGUGAUUUUAAUAUUGCUUAGCGCGCGCCGCGCGGCCGGCUACAGUAUACGCAGUUUGACCGCGGUACCAGAGGUGGUAAGCUGCCGCAAUAAUUUGUUAAAAUCGAUAAAAAAAACUUUUAUUUGGAGUUUGUUUUCCGGUUAAUCUGUAACCUAUAACUUUCCAUGCAAAGCAAUUGGUAGAAAAAAGAUAAUAAUUUUGCGGUUGACGGUGGUCCGUAGCUAAAUUUCGAAAUUUACUAAUAUCCAUUUCACACAGUACUAAUCUCUGUUGAAAAUUAUUGUUUUGGCGGAUAUGAUCUAUAAUUUUAUGUAUAAUGAAUAUGGGUCGCAAAUUUACAAUAGCAAAACGGCCACCCGCGAAAUUUAUAAUAGCAAAAUGGCCACCCGCGAAAUUCGGGAUCGCCAAUGAUUGCUGGGAAUAUGUUUCAUGACAUUCAACACAGCGUUAUACGUACAGACUACAGAGUAACUUAUUCUUCCAGAAUUGAAAGAUCGUAUGAAUUUGCGUACAGCGUUCACGCACGUACGAUCCCUUCAACCACGCGAAAGGAGUCCACGGAUGCGGAAACACGGGCGAUCUGGCCAGUUAGCUGAUUACGUCGGAGCCCGGCCGCGUAGUGUAGUAUAUCAGCCGCGGCUUACGCAAACCCUUCCGGCAGAAAAUGGUUAAGAGCGUUGCACGGCACGUCGUCCGUUUCCCAUUUGUCCCCUGUAGACGCGCACACUAUACUGCACAUGCGGUGCCCAGUUCCGAUCCGUCUAACGAUACACUCUUAUAACGUUUGUCCCUGUUCCGCCAUCUUCAUUUACAUUCAUCUGCUACUUGAGAUAUCUACAUAUGUACAAGUAUCAAGCAGUCCCCGAAUAUAAACUCUUCCUGACAGCUUAAUUACACCCACCAUACAUCAGUUGGACAUAUAAUACACCAUCGGUGGACUUCCGCUGCUCGUUAUAUAUAACAUCUCGCUCGCUCGCUCACUCUCUCGUCUCUCCGAUGUCCAAGGAUGAAGAGCUAAUCAGCCGGCUAAAUGAGCAGAUACAACAUUGUGCCCUGCAGUCAUCGCGGCAUCGCAUCGUCUACUAACCAGGACCUUUAUCAUGGAACAUCAAUCGACUUUGUAGCGUUAGUUGGAGCAGUGCGGAGAACGUUGCUGUUGUGUGUCCACAGCGAACAACGAGGAUGAAGGUAGGAAGUUAUUCGCCAAUGAAGGAGCGUUCCUGCUGGAACAGCUGGUGCCGGUUCGAUCCCCGUUUUGCUGCGCUGACGAGUGCCUUUAUUAUUCUGGAUAUGUCCAUAUUGGCCAUACUACUGUACGGAUGGAAAGUUCUUGUGGACGUUUACUGGCAACCUGAAAAGGAGGCCGAGGGAUACAACAGUGUACUCUCCCGGCGAUAUUAUUACGGAUUGCAAACUUCUCAGUUUGUACUGCUGUCCACACAUUUCGUGAUAUUAUUUUUGACAACGAUCCUCAUUGUAGGUGUAAUAAAGGAAAAACUGCAUUUCAUAUUUUCAUGGUUGGUGGGAUUUGUGGCGUUGAUUUGUUUGGAAACGGUAUGCAUGAUCUACUCCGUGGUCCUGAUUGCCCAUAUGCACAAUGGAUUCGAUGCCCUGGUCAAAGCGGAACUGGGAUUUUUCUCCAGCCGUUUUCUCGUUAAUGGUUUAGCAAUAUACAGUAUCGUGGGAUUCUACAAAGAGUUAACCGCCGGUCGCACCUGGAAACCGCACAUCAAUGACCUUUUGUAAAUUAACGAAUGUCCAUAUACGAAUAAUAUAUCCGGAUACCAGCCGACAAUCGACAAAAUGCAGUUGCCUUACAAAACAGACAGAGGCGUUGCCUUAUGCUGUGUAUAAGCAGAUUUUAACUAAAUUUGUUGUUGUGUAUGUUAUUUGUACAGUCCAAUAGAUCAACAAUAUAUUAAUUUCUAAUUAAUUCUGUUUGCCUGUGCGUGAAAUGGUGCGUACCUUAUUAGCUCCACACGCGAACGGGUAACGACAUUCAACACAUAUCGGAGAAAUGUUGUCUAUCCGAGAAACUAUGGGCUUGCAAUUGCAGACAGACAGCAGACGUUAUAAUUUUGAUAUCAAGGCUUUAAUUUCCGGUCUGGUUUAUGAUCUGAAAAGAUUCACAUAAUAUUCGCAGAUGUGAGCAGAAU